AUGUCCACCACUACCACCGAGAUCGAACCUCAGGCUACCACCUCCCGCCCAGCUAGUAUAGGCGAACGGCCAGAUGACCUGGAAUUGAUGGGUAUUACAUCUGUCGUCUCUCGAGAGGCUGGCGAGAGGGAUCCUUUGUUAUUGAGAGAUAAACUUAUAAGUGAUGCUCAUCUAGAGGAAAUACGACAACGCAAGAAAGGAGGAGGGAAAUUGGCAGAUUUCUACGAAACUCAAAAUUCCCGGAUUAACGAUUUACUCAAACCUUUACAUACACUAUCUCAAGAAGCUGAACAAGAUGCAGCUGAUAAUGCUCUGAAAGUCAAAUUGGCCGUGAAUAUCUCCUUCGGAUGCAACAUAGUGUUGGCUAUAGUGCAGCUGUACGCUGCGAUAAGUAGUGGUUCGUUAGCUUUGUUUGCGAGUUGCGUAGAUGCCGUCGACCCAUUUGCGAAUCUUAUCCUAUGGGCAGCUCAUAGAGCAUCAGAAAAGGCUGAAGAAAAGAAGUGGCCUGUGAGAGGAUCGAGAUUCGAGACUACUUACGACUUUUCUUACCCAGUCUACGGCUCGAUCAUGGGAGGAGUUAACGUCAUCCUUAUCGUCAUGUCCAUCCAAGAAUUCGUGACUCACAAAGGAGAUGAUCUGCAGAACUUCCACUUACCAUCUAUAAUAUCAGUCUGUGUCGCUUUCGCCGUGAAAUUCUCUUUGUUCCUAUAUUGCAUGGCAAUCAGGAAAGCGUCAUCUCAAGUACAGGUAUUAUGGGAAGAUCACAGAAAUGAUUUGUUAACUAACGGCUUUGGUAUAUUGACUGCCGCUGGUGGUGCCAAGUUGGCUUGGUGGAUCGAUCCUAUGGGCGCUACUAUCAUCGCGAUCUGUAUUAUCACAGUCUGGACAAGAACGGUAUACGAACAAUUCACUUUCCUAGCAGGUAUCGCGGCCCCAACAGAAUUCAUAAACCUCGUAACAUACAAGGCCCUCACAUUUUCUGAACACAUCACUUCAGUCGAUACAGUCAGAGUGUAUCAUUCUGGACCUAAUUACUUUGUCGAAGUGGAUAUUGUCUUACCUCCCGACAUGCUCUUGUGGAAGGCUCAUGAUAUAGCUCAAGAUCUGCAGGAUCAAAUUGAGAGAUUGAAGCAGGUAGAUAGGUGUUUCGUGCAUGUAGAUCACGAGGUGGAUCACAAACCUGAGCAUCGGAAGAACGUCUAA